AUGGCUCAGAAAACAGAGAUAUCGAUUGAGGCAGGUGCUGCAAACAACGCGAAACCGAACCCGCCAUCGCCGAAAAGUCGCCUCGCGAUGCUCAAAAGAACCAAGAAAACAUCGAACGCUUCGUCGGAUCCAUUUCGUUUCCAAAACAAUGGUAUUUCCUACAAGGGAAAACUCAUUGGGGAGCAGGAUGUCGAAAAGGCUCGCGGGGAUGCGAUGUGUGCUGAGGCCAUGCGAAACGCCAAGGGAAUGGUGAAAGCUGCCGGCGCCCACAAGACUCGUAUAAGCCUUCAGAUCAACAUUGAAGGCAUCAAAAUUCUCGAUGAGAAGAGCGGCGCCGUUUUGCACAACUUCCCAGUCUCGCGAAUCUCGUUCAUUGCUCGCGAUGCAACUGACGCUCGCGCUUUCGGGCUCGUCUAUGGAGAGCCGGGAGGCAAGUACAAGUUCUACGGAAUCAAGACAGCGCAGGCGGCUGAUCAGGCGGUGCUUGCGAUUCGCGACAUGUUCCAGGUUGUGUUCGAGAUGAAAAAGAAGCAGAUCGAGCAGGUGAAACAGCAACAGCAGCAACAAUCAGGUGGAACUGAAGCCAGUGUAAGUGACAAAUUGUUGAAGAAUCCUGCCAAGGAAGGAGGAGUCGCCGUCGCCGACCUACUUGACCUUGAAACCGAGCUUCAGCAGAUUGAGCAAGGUGUUCAACAACUCGCCAAUGUUCCUACAAGCACUGAUGCUUUUGGAGCUACUCCGUUCGGUGAUCCGUUUGCUGAUAGCUUCAAUACCACCGGAAACACUACUGCGAACACAUCCGCUAUGAACCAAUCAAAUGUUUCGAAUGGCUCUGCUCUCAAUCAGAGUGCUUUUGCUUCGCCAUUCGGAAACUCGCCACCGGCUCAACAAGGUUUCGCCACUGCUCCUCAAUGGCCGCAGACUUCGAUGAUGAUGCCUCCUCAACAACCAGCCGUGUUUGGAACUGCUUGGGGUGCUCAAACCGCUCCAGCUCUUCCGUUGUCCGCUCCGAUUCAUCAUGCUCAGAGCACGCCGGCGUUCAACUCGAACGCGUUCUCCAACACCAAUCCAUUUGCAUCUGCGGCAUUCGGCGGACUACCAAUGACGAUGCCAGCAGCUCAGCCGGACCCAUUUAGCGUGCAUGUUGCCGCGCCGCAACAAAUUACAACGACGGUCGAUUGGAACUCGUCGGCUAAUGAGAAUCAAGCGCCGGCUGCCAAUCAGCCAUCUCUUCAUCAUGCUAGCACUUUUGCCAACUUCACCGACACAAAAACAAAUGGAUGGGAAGAGAAGCGCGUGACCUCAUUGGAAGAGGCGUUCACAAAGCUCGUCGAUAUGGACGCGUUGAUCGGCAGCAACACGAAUCAAGAAACCAAGAAGAACCCAUUCGAGCAUAUUCUGAAUCCACCAAAAGCGUCGCUCAAUUCGUUGUCGUCAACAUGUUCGGCUGCUGUCCAACAGCAAAAGGUUGUGGUGGCGUCUGAUCCAUUCGGCGAUGAUCCAUUCUUCCGCUAA